UGUAGCAAACUAUGGUUGUAGUACCUCAGGUAGUACCUCUAUGUAGGCGCCGUGGUUGCAGGUGUUGUAUGCCUGUGUCUACCCACCUGUGGUCCUGUGGAGGAGCGUGGAGCCCGUGGCUGUCAUCCUGGCUCCUUGGCUUGCUUCUAUCUGCCUCGGUCCGCUUGCUACGUUGCAGUCCAUCCAGCGAUAGUGCAGGGAAAGUUGAUUGGGCGUAGUGCAAGAGGCCAGCGAAAGACGAGCGAAGAGUCUGGCAGCGACGUUGCUGUGCACCCCUUUCGUCAAGCUUGCAGUUCAAGCUCUUUGCAGAUGAAGAUAUGCCUUUAGUACCGCACGUCGCUUCUAUAGAUGGAGUCUGCCGACGGAAAUAUGAUGCAGCCUCUGACUUUGAUGUUGCCCUGCCCACAUCAAAAACCGGGAGUUUUAAUUGUCAGUCACCGAGACAUAAAAGCGCGGCAAUACGUUGAUACUUCUAUGAAGCAACAUGAUUGUCAGAUCAUUGCAUUGAAGCUGCGCUGAAACAACAUGAUUGACACAUCAGGAGCAGGACUUGUCACCAUGCCAUUGACAUCAGGAGACUCUGGUGAUGUCCACAUAUGUGGCAAGUGCCAUGCCAGCUUCUCAAACAUUGAGAGCUUUCUGGCACAUAGGCAACAGGAAAAAGUGUCCCAAAAUGCCGAACCUGUGCUUCCUCAGACCUACCAUCACACCUCAUCAAGCAAUGUGACAAAAAACUUGGGCCAGUUCCACUCUAACCUGGACACCCAUCAAAACCAGCCACGUGGCUCGCAGCCCUGCCAACAAGAAAGCAGAGAACCAGCUGAGAUGGCACUGGAGCUUCAUGCUGCUGCAGCUCAUACACCAAGUAAUUUGAGGUCUGCUGAGGAAGCCAACCCUGCUGUCGUUGCACAGGCUGCCACACUGUCCAGAGAUGUUCCUUGGACACUACAAACCACGAUGCACAGCGCUUGCAUUGCCAGCGCUGCUGCAUCUGAUAGUAAUGCUACUGUAGCUGUUGUGGGCAUGCCUGUUUCUGGCCAGGCAACAAGUUGUGGUACGCUGAGACAGCGUGGACCAGAGCAGGCUUCUGUCGAACAUGCCAUCUUGAGAUGCAGCCAGCCAGGGUGUAGCUUUACUUGCCGAUAUAGAAAGGAUCUACGAAGGCACAGCCGCAUCCAUACAGGAGAAAAGCCUUACAAGUGUCCUGAGUGCUCAAAAGAGUUCAGCCGGUCAGACAAAAUGGCCAAUCAUCGGCGAAGGCAUUCAGGGGAAAAACCGUUCAGCUGCAGUCAGUGUGAUUAUGCUGCUGCGGACAGGUGGGCAUUGAAGAUGCAUCAGCGAGUGCAUAUUGACGACAAACCAUAUAGGUGCCAGAUGUGUCCCUUUGCAGGCCGCCACCAAAACCAACUUCUUGUGCAUCUUCGAACACACACGGGUGACAUGCCCUUUCAGUGCUCCAAGUGUGGAGCUCGAUUCCGCAUCAGCUGUGACCUGCAGCGUCAUCUGCGAACACACACUGGUGAACGGCCAUAUGCGUGCCAACAGUGUCCAUACAAGGCCUCUGUGCUCAGCAACCUGCGGUCCCAUGAGCGAGCAAUGCAUAGUGCUGACCAGCCUGCUCGUUGUAGCCAGUGCUCAUUUUCGUGCUCAUCUAAGCGAGAACUGCGGCUGCACAGUGCAACUCACCGGGAAGGUAGUCUGCACUGCACUGAAUGCUCGUACACAUGUGAACGACGUAGCUCCCUGACUAGCCACAUGAGAAGCCAUGACAAAACUCGGCCAUAUCAUUGCCAAACCGGUUCGUAUGCAUCAAAGCACCCUGCCAACUUGCGCAGUCAUGUGAAGAACAAACAUUCAAAAAAACCACCAAAGCCAAGAAAAGGAGUUGUCGGUGCACGUCAAGCAGUAUCAUGCCAUCGUACUUAUCAGUGUAGUGAGUGCCCUGAAGCCUUUGUGCGGGAAGAUUCUCUGCGCUCUCAUUGUCGUCUCCACCGCAAGGGCAUCUUGCCGCCUGCUGCAUUAUCGUCAGCUUCUGAAGAGGCAGCACAAGUCACCAAUGAACCUCUCGCCACUGCUGCUGAGGGCUCAACCACUGUGCAGCCAUCCAUGAAAGAUAAUAUUGAACAAGAUUUAGAUCCUGCUUGCCUUGCUCCUGCCACAAGCACUGCUACGUUCACAGUGUGCACAGCAUCUGAGCAAGUAAAUCCACUAUGUCAGCCACCAGAGGAUGCCAUGGGACCAAGCCAAGUGCUUGAGUGCCUUGUUCAGGACCCUGUGACAAUGGAAUUUCUUCCAGACAAACAGCUGCUGCUCCUAGCCCCAGGGCAGGAUUCGACCUCUGCAUCUACCACCAACCUUUUUCUGCUAGAGUCAGCAUUACAGCCUGCUUUUUGGGCAUCACCACCAGUGACCACUCUUGAGAACUCUGCUUAGAAACAACUCUUGUAACUAAAACUGUACAUACCAUUGAAGCAUAAUGCAAAAAUGUCCCCUACUUCUAUAGAGGGUUGCAAUUCGGGCUUUAUGGGAUCUUGUCUUGUGAAAUGCAAAGUAGGUAUAUAGUGCAAAAAAAAAGGCACGAGGAAACCAGAAGACACAACACACACAGUGCUACUUUCAACAACAUUCUUUUUGACAACUACUUUCGACAACAAAAGUUACCAGAUGCAUGAGGUAUUUCAGAACAUAAUGACGACUCCAGGAAUAGCAAUGAUAUUUCAGACAAUAUUAGACAUAUCUGUUUUGAUUAUUUUUUUUUCACUGCUGUUUUCGAUGUUUGUUUAAUAUAAUUAGUAUCUUCCGCCUAACUGAUUGACUGAACUUGGCUUCAGAAAUGGCUGCAUGCUCGGAUCAGAUGGUGCUUGUUGAUGUUGGCCAGUGCUUCCGCAAUAGCCGCCUUUGGCAAGUUUUUAGCAUUGUAUGCCUAUUUGUUGGUCUUCCUCUCAAUGAUGCCCCCCAUAAAAUGCAGUGCAGCCGUUUUAAGCAUUGAAAACUAGGACAUCACAUUGAGGAUUACACAGCUGCCUAAGUUCGCAGCCACAAACUCUGCUCGUGCUGGCCUUUUGGGAGGGAGUAAAUUUAUAGCAUAGGAUUGGUGCCUAGUGUCCCCGUGCGUGCAAGCCUAACUGUUUACUCUGCCACCUAUGGCUGUUUGGUGCAAUGACCUUUAUUGGCUUUUCGGGAUUUCCACUCGCAUGACCUCCACCUGCUGGAAAAACUCAACCACCUAAGGGAUGCCUGACCACUGGCAGUGCUUUCUCUUUGCCACAAAUGACAGUUAGCUGUUAGGAGCCAUUAGCUCUUUUCUGACCAGAAAAACAAGGGAUUUUGCCACAACAAAGAAGGUGGUGAUCUCCAAGUUGCUCUGGCUAGUAUCUAAGGCGACUAGGACUGUUUGUGCUUGUGCUUGGAGGGGAUGGGCGCUUAACAUAUAAUUUUCAGAAUUCUGAUGUUUUGAAAGUGUUAAUACUGGGUGCUUCUGAGGUAUUUUACGGUUGUCAUUUGUCAGUCAGCUAUAUUUUGACUAACCCGCCGUGGUUGCUCAGUGGCUAUGGUGUUGGGCUGCUGAGCACGAGGUCAUGGGAUCGAAUCCCGGCCACGGCGGCCGCAUUUCGAUGGGGGCAAAAUGCGAAAACACCCGUGUGCUUAGAUUUAGGUGCACGUUAAAGAACCCCAGGUGGUCGAAAUUUCCAGAGUCCUCCACUACGGCGUGCCUCAUAAUCAGAAAGUGGUUUUGGCACGUAAAACCCCAUAAUUAAUUAAUUAUAUUUUGACUAGACAAAUCUGCAAAAGUAUUUGGAAGCUAUUAGUGAGGAGCUUUAGCUAUUACGUUAUAAACAUCACAUUUACAGUGUGCAUCAGAAGUGUGCAGACAGGUGUUCAUCUGCAUAAUAUUCAAGGAUUUUCAGCUGCAUUUCUAGUUUUAGUGCAUGACUGCAUUAAAUUGUCUCUUUCCUUUGCAAUUCAUGCACAAAACAAUUAUGGGCUUUUGCUGAGCAGUACCUUCAAGCUUUGGUAAUUUCAGCUUGCAAUGGUACAGCACACGAGCUCAUCUGCCAGCUUUAUCUGAUGAUGCUUGAAGAAGUUGCUCUUGUGAUGUUGCAGUGAGCACUACAGCCAAGAACCAGGUGAACACUAGCGCUUUGAUGAAUUGCAGUCAAUUCCAGCGAUGGCUUCUGGCGACAGGUGUGGAGAACUUUGAUCUCUAUUGGAGCGUUACGCCAACAAAAUGGUAAUGGUUGCUUCUUGCAGUCAUGCAGUGCCACAGGUUCAUAGGCAUUGUUAAGUUACUCUGGUGGUCUUUCUGUCAAGCUCAGUGAGCGUUGUCUAACCAUUGUUGCUGCAAAAAUAGUUCUUGGGGAUUUAACUACUAACAGUGUUGCAGAAGAGAUUAUGUUUAGCUCUUUGUUUGAUGGGGGCUCUGACAAGAGGUGCAUAACAGUGUCCAGGGCAUCAUGAAGUGGUAUGGCCUUCCAGUCCAAAAUUUAGUAAAGCGCACAGAAACCUUUAAUGUCAGCCACUACGUGCUUCUUUAGCCUAAUUGGAAUGUUCUCAUAGUCCUUCUUGUAGUCUUAUAGUUAGUCUUUAGUCUUUCAGUGAGUUAAGUAGCUGUGGAGUAAGCUUUCUACAAGGGGUAGGCAAGCAGUGCUAAGGCUAUUCCUCACUGUGCAAAGACAGGUUGAAAAUCAUAGUUACUCCCAGAAGGACUGUUCUGGGGAUGCCAGCCGAUGAGUUGAAGAAGUGUGCCAGUUUUCUAGGUCACCAAUGCAAAUGAUAUUUGCCAACAUAACCUUGAAUAAAAGGCACCCGAAAAUGCAUUUUUUUUUUCUGAAAAUUGCUAUUUCUCUUACCGCAUCCUCCCUAGAAAUGCCUAUGCAGUGAGGCUUGAAGUACUUGGCUCAGAAGUAUUGAGUCGUACCUGUUUAAACCCCAGGAUUGUGUCUCGUACUUCUGUUGACGCCUUCUUAAAGCUUCUUGGGGCUUGCAUCCUUCUGAGACAUACAUAUAUGUUGGUUAUGUCUCAGAAGGAUAGGCCCAUUAAUACUUCUUUUUUCUUUCUUUUUUUUUACACUUUUGGCAUUGUGGCCAGUUUUUUCAAGAAUGAUGCACAAAGGAUAGAGGGGGAAAAGGCAUUGAGUAUGGCAACAGUCCUCCCCCCUUCCUUUUUUUAAGUCUAGCUGUGAGACUUGAGGCUACUUGUGUUUUUGGGUAUAGAUGGCACACUUUUUUUAUGAUUCAGAACUCUCCUUUUGAUUCUUGUUGCUGUUGCUUUGUGAAGUCGGUGGUCUGUUCCUUUAGAUUUUGUGCUCAGAAGGAAGAUAAUGAAAGCAUUAAUUACUUGGAAUUUUACUAGUAUUUCAGUGAAUAUGCUCAAUUUUAAAAUGCACGUGACAUAGUUUAGCCAACUCAGGAUGUACCAAUAUGAAUGUAAGAGGUAUACUCACAGUAUUGCAAUUGUUCUUUACAAAGAUCUGGUAGUGUAUCUGCAUUCACUCGUGUUUUCUAUCACUUUGUGAGAGAACAAUGGAAUUGCAUAUUGCUAAUAAAUGCAGUCGCUGUGCUGCGUUUCUAUGUUCUUCACAAAUGUUA